UUUUCCUGGAUCACACAGUCUUCAUAAAUGGACAUUUUGGGUAUUUAUGGACCGAUUUCAUUUAAAAAAAAGACUCAAUAGUGAUGAUUAUGGGACAUAUAGGAGUGCCAACAAAGAAGCUCGUCAAAGAAUGCUGUGUAGGAGUAACAAGUGGAGACAGACUAACAUGUGAUGUGGCUCUAGACCAGGGGCAACCUUUUCUUGCCCAGGGACACGCUCCCAGGCAAACCCAACGACACGCUCCCAGGCAAACCCAACGACCCAGGGACACGCUCCCAGGCAAACCCAACGACCCAGGGACACGCUCCCAGGCAAACCCAACGACCCAGGGACACGCUCCCAGGCAAACCCAACGACCCAGGGACACGCUCCCAGGCAAACCCAACGACCCAGGGACACGCUCCCAGGCAAACCCAACCCAGGGACACGCUCCCAGGGACCCACGCUCCCAGGCAAACCCAACGACCCAGGGACACGCUCCCAGGCAAACCCAACGACCCAGGGACACGCUCCCAGGCAAACCCAACGACCCAGGGACACGCUCCCAGGCAAACCCAACGACCCAGGGACACGCUCCCAGGCAAACCCAACGACCCAGGGACCCUUCUCAUCAGCAAUAUUCAGAAACACAUUGA